GCUCCCAGGCUGGAGCCCGGGUCAGCUUUGGCACCUUCCUCCAGUGACCAACUCGUAGUUUAGCGAGCGCUCUGCUACCCCCUAGGUUCCUUUCCAGCGUCCCUGUCUCCCACUUCGAGAGCGAACCCCGCGGCCGGUAGGCUGAAGAGGAGCCAGGAAAGAAGGACUAAAGAGAAGAAAGACCUGGCUGGUUCUAGGUGGUGUCUGCAGUGCCAGUAAGGGAGGUGGCGGCGGGCGCUGCGACCACGGCCGCGCGGGACGUGAGGCCCAACAGCAGCCGACGGCGGCGGCGGUGGCGGCCACUCCAGCGCCUCGCGCCGGGGCCGUUAGUCAGCAGAACGCCAACCUGUGUAAAGGAACAGGGCCGGCCCGAGGCGAGACUCGGGAGCGCGAGCCGGCUCCCCCGAGCGCCGCCGUCCUUCCUCGUCCCGGCGCCGGGGGCUGCAGCCCUUGUCCCCCUCCUCGGCCGGGCCCGCCUGCAGGCCGGGAGAGUCCGGCAGAGGCAGCAGCAGCAGCAGAGCGGAACGCGCCUUGUAGAGGACAGCGCGGCGGCAGAGGUUCCUUCUCGGCCCUUUCUGCCUGACGCCUUGGUUGCGGCCCUCAGGUGCAGGUCAUCUCCUUUGGGACUGAUGCUUCGAACUCCUUUCUCUGCCAUCUUCACCACAUCCUUUAUGCUCCUGACCAAGUUGAUAAUUUGUAGCCUAAUUCUGUAAAGAUGAAUAAUCUUUCAUUUAGUGAGCUAUGUUGCCUCUUCUGCUGUCCACCAUGUCCGGGGAAAAUUGCUUCAAAAUUAGCAUUUUUGCCACCUGAUCCAACUUACACUCUGAUGUGUGAUGAAAGUGGAAGCCGCUGGACUUUACACCUGUCAGAACGAGCAGACUGGCAAUAUUCUUCUAGAGAAAAAGAUGCUAUUGAGUGUUUCAUGACUAGAACCAGUAAAGGCAACAGAAUUGCCUGCAUGUUUGUUCGUUGCUCACCCAAUGCCAAAUACACUUUACUCUUCUCACAUGGAAAUGCUGUUGAUCUUGGUCAGAUGAGCAGCUUUUACAUAGGACUGGGAUCACGGAUUAAUUGUAAUAUAUUCUCAUAUGAUUAUUCUGGAUAUGGUGCAAGUUCUGGGAAACCAACAGAGAAGAACCUCUAUGCAGACAUAGAAGCUGCUUGGCUUGCUCUUAGGACAAGAUAUGGCAUUCGCCCUGAAAAUGUGAUUAUAUAUGGCCAAAGUAUAGGGACAGUACCAUCUGUGGAUCUUGCUGCUCGGUAUGAGAGUGCUGCUGUUAUUCUUCAUUCUCCUUUGACCUCAGGAAUGCGAGUUGCUUUUCCUGAUACCAAGAAGACCUACUGUUUUGAUGCAUUCCCAAAUAUUGACAAAAUCUCUAAGAUAACCUCUCCAGUAUUAAUAAUUCAUGGGACUGAAGAUGAAGUCAUUGACUUUUCACAUGGCCUCGCAUUGUUUGAGCGUUGCCAAAGACCUGUGGAGCCUCUCUGGGUUGAAGGGGCAGGUCACAAUGAUGUGGAACUUUAUGGACAGUACCUUGAAAGAUUGAAACAGUUUGUGUCACAGGAACUGGUAAAUUUGUAAAAUAUUCUGUAAAUUUGCAUACUGAGUUUUCUUUUCUUGAUGAACUGCACUCUUUGGUAAAUAACAUAAAACCUGAAGGUUUUGUUUGCAAAUCAUGUAAGUUGCCUUCAUAAAUGUACAGGUAAUGAUUUGUUAACAGACUUAAUGAAGGUUUUAAUUACCAAACUAGAAACUGGAAAUAACAGUAUCAUACAGUCAGGCUGUGUAAUUUAUAUUUUUUCUGUGAAUUUUUUUUUAAACAUCAAGAUGAGUACUGUAUGAAAUUUUAAUUCUGUAAAAUCAAAUGCUGUAAAAGUAUUGCCAAAUGCUUUUGCAUAUUGGAAACAAAUUUAUAAAUAUUUUUAAAACAUCUCAAUGUACUAAAUCUUAUCUGGUAUACAAAUGUAAUAUUCUGUCAAUAAAAAGUGUAUAUCUAAAAUAAUUCAAGUACUCAUAAUAGAAUAAACUGUAUGAAAACAUGGAAGUUCACUAGAUAUGACCUAAACCCUGUUGUACAGGGAUAGAGAUUUAAAAGGUUAUUUUAUUGUAAAAUACAUUGAAUUUUCUCUAUUUCCUGGUUAUCGUACAUUCUCUCCUUUAAAAAAAAAAAAAAAAGAUGUAAGUCUUAAUUUUCAUGCCAUCUGUUAAUUUACCAACUAGUCACCUUGUAAAUGAGAAGUCAUGAUAGCACUGAAUUUUAACUAGUUUUGAUUUAUAAGUUUUGGUACUGUGAGGCAACUACUUAAAAUUUUCAUUUUAGUAAUUUAAAAGGCAUUUAGAGCUUCAAGAAUGAUUUUGUAUGUAAUGUUGUUUUAAAUUUUGACUAAUCUCUUAGAAAUGCAGUACUGUCGUUAUUAGAAAAACUGAAAGUCCAUUAGAUGUUCUUUAAGACCACAACAGACUGGCUAUUUGUUCCCUUUUCACUUUGACUAUUUUUAAGAACAGGAUCUAUUGUUUUGGAUUACUCUCUGAAAAUUUCAUGGAUUCACUCCUGGAUGCAGGAAAUAAGAAAACAUUUAAUUACAUAACUUUUAUAUUAACCAAUGUAGUAAAAAAUGAAGCUCACACCCAAAAACUAAGUUGCCUUUCCUUGAAUGAAUCCUGCUUGAAUAAAACAAUGAAAGAAAAAUAAAAUUAAAAUUAAUGGUAUGUAGUCUAAUUUGUAAAUGAAUGAAUAUUGAAAUAAUACACACUGUGGAUAUAUUUUUAAGGCCUUAUGUAGUUUUAAUUGUUCUGCUUGUUCUGUGGUUAUGUCUAAGACUAUAGUAUAUGAUUCUCUUCAAAGUAUAUCAAGUUAUUGUGAAUGCUUUGGUUCAGAUGUGUCAAAUUAACAGUAAAACAAAAAAUACGCCAUACA